UCAAUACAAUUUGAACGCACACGGACAUUUUACAUUUAAUCAUUUGCCCUUUUUGUGAAACAAUAUUAUUGUACUAAUAAUAUUGUUAUACUUCUCAAAUACAUCACUUCAAAUGGCGUGAUGAUAUCGUAUCCCUUCCUUUGAAAAAAUAAUCAUGCGUUUAGAGCUUUAAAUAUUGUGCCGCCUAAAAAAAUCACGAAACAGUAAAUGCGCAUAUUAAACAUUUUCUUUGCUGGAGUGGAAAUUAUUAUUGAUAAGUUAUUUUCUAAUAUCCUAGUCAUUCGGGUGAAAACUUUUAUGCACGUUUUCAUUUGUAGUGAUAAUAAUUACUCCGAUUCUGUAUUUCGUUCGAAUCGGAUUGUUUCGAUCGAAUACGAAAUUUUCCAUUCUGUAGCUCGAUCGAGUUCGACUUUUCCAUACAAAAGUAUCACUCGAAUUACAGAAUGCAAAUUUUUAUAUUCAUUCGACAAGAUCCGAUUCGAUCGAAAUACAUAAUAGGGGUAAAUAUAUGGCGUUUUUCAUUGAAAAACACUGGUGGCGUGGAUUGCUCUGGUUUUGCACUUUCGAGCAGAAAUGGCAAUGAAACACCGUCAGAAUAUUGCAUUUCUGCUCGAAAGUGCAAAACCAGAGCAAUCCACGCCACCAGUGUUUUUCAAUGAAAAACGGCAAUAGUAACGUGUGAGGGCCGUUAAAAACUAGAUUUGAGGCUCCACGACGGUUACUAAGUAAUGUCAACAAGCUUAAACAAUUGAUAUUAAAAUGCUGUGUUUUACGCACUGUAUCGAUGCUAGGGUAUUGCGGUAUCCUGGGAAACAUGCCAAUUGUUUAUUUUAAUUCAUAAUAGAACCGCAAGAACGUCAUAUAAUUCUUAACAUUAUUGCGGACUUGUCGAAAAAUUGACCCUCAAAGCUAAUGCUGACCAAAAAAGAAAAACUACUUAUCCGUCCAUGGCAGAUGCAAAGGUAUUAUAAUCAUCGUAUUAAAGUGGAAACCGCUGCUCCUGCUAUCGAUUUUCAUCCUCCUCCGGAACGAGCACACAUAAUACAAAAACUGAAAAAACAACAGAAGGAACGCGAACGAACUGAAAAAAUUGAACGGGAUAACAUCAGAUUGCUGCAACGUUUGGGUUCAAUUAUGAGCAAGAAGAGACUGGACAAUAUCUGGACUCAAGCUAGACCGAAUUUUCUGAGCCGAGAGUACAUAUAUCCCGUGCGCCCAAAAACAACAGGUGCAAUAGACCAUUUUCGUCGUAAAUCUUCUGCUUCGCAAACGCUGGACGAUUCGGAAACGACAGAGUCGUCUGCCCAAUUCAUACGCUGCAGUGCCUGUACCUAUCGUAUCUACAAACCAAACAAAGUUAUGCCAGAAGAACGCCUGCCCUGGAAUCCCCAGAGAAAAACAACCAAUCGUAAACUGCUAAACGAGGCUAAAUCAGAACCGCAUAUCUGCUGCCGAUUUUGCUGUUGUAAAUGAGUUUAGGUUAAGAUUGAUACUUUCAGAUUAGUUGUGAUAUUCAUGACCUCCGCUUGUUUUCUAAUAAAUAAAUUAACACUAUAAACAUUCA